CUGUCUGCUGUCCGGGUGCAGUUCAUUAAUGGAGUCUCUGAUUCUGUGCUGAACCAGCUGCUGGAUAAACUCCUUCAGCACGGAGCUAUGAUUAAUGAGGAGAUGCAGACAGCAAAGACGAAGCCCAGAGCAGAGAAAGCUCGAGAUGUGAUUGAUACUGUGAUGGCUCUCGGGAAGGUUGACCCCUGCCUUUCCAGAGAGCUGAAGCUGUGCCUCAGCCUCAGGAGCCGGCAUCGAGGAGAUGUUGUCGGCAGUGAGGAGGACGUCUGCUGUAGCAACGUCGAGGUGGUGUCUCGGACCACGGUGGAGGAGCAGGUGUCAUGGACCAGCAUGGAGGAUGACAUUCCAUGGUCCUGCUGA